GGGGCUACUUUUUGAGUGGUUGUAUUGUAAGCGUCAGGUGUGAGGUCAAUUUACUAAAACAGAACAGAACUGUUUCGUUCGUUUGUUGAUGUUGACACUGUUGAACUGAUGAAUUAGUUUGGACCAGCCCUUUGUGAUUAAAUAAUUGGUGAUUAUUUAAGCCAUAAAGAUGCCUGAAGAGAAAACAGAAGAGAGUUCGCCAGCCAAGAAGGUUGUGCCUGUGCCCAAGGGUAAGGCAGUUUUGGCUCGUGUAACUCUGUUGGAUGGAUCCUUGGUGGACAUCAGCAUUGAUAGGAAGGCCAAAGGAGAAGAUUUGUUAGAGAAGGUUUGUGACCACAUAAACCUGCUGGAGAGGGACUACUUUGGGUUGACGUACGAGGACAGACACGACCCCCACAACUGGGUGGAACUUGACAAGAGGAUCGGCAAGUUUGUCAAGAAUGAACCAUGGAAAUUCAACUUCGAAGUCAAGUUUUACCCUCCAGACCCAGCUCAACUACAAGAAGACAUCACGAGAUACCAGCUCUGUCUACAGAUCAGAAACGAUAUUCUCAGUGGAAAAUUGCCAUGCUCGUUUGUGACGUAUGCACUCCUCGGAUCAUACCUGGUCCAAUCAGAGCUUGGCGACUAUGAUCCAGCAGAACACAAGAACACCGACUAUCUCAAAGAGUUCCGCUUUGCUCCCAACCAAAGUGCGGAUCUCGAGGAUAAAGUCAUGGAACUACAUAGAACACACAAAGGUCAGACCCCGGCGGAGGCUGAGCUCCACUACCUGGAGAAUGCCAAGAAGCUGGCCAUGUACGGAGUAGACCUUCACCAGGCCAAGGACUCUGAGGGUGUGGACAUCAUGCUGGGCGUCUGCUCAUCUGGCCUGCUUGUCUACAGAGACAAGUUGAGAAUAAACAGAUUUGCUUGGCCUAAAAUCCUCAAGAUCUCGUACAAACGUCACAACUUUUAUGUCAAGAUUCGUCCUGGAGAGUUUGAACAAUUUGAAUCAACAAUUGGGUUUAAACUCGCAAAUCACAGAGCAGCUAAGAAACUUUGGAAAGUUUGUGUGGAACACCAUACUUUCUUCAGGCUUGCGACCCCUGAACCACCCAACAAGGCAGGUAUUUUCCCUCGGCUCGGCUCCAGAUUCCGCUACUCUGGUCGCACUCACUUUGAGACCAAGAGGAACCCAAUAGAACGCCCGGCUCCACAGUUCGAGCGUAGUCUUAGUGGCCGACGUCUCACCUCUAGAAGUAUGGAUGCUCUUGGUGUGCCGAGGACAGAAUACAAUGAUGCAAGUAAGAGACACACUAUGUCUCACCCUCCAGACCACAUCCCUGAAAUAGACAACAACAAACUUGGGAAACUGUCUCCCGCUAAGUCUAAGAUCAAGGAGAAAGUCAAAGACAAGCUGGGCAGUGCCAAUUCUUCCCAGUCGUCUGUCAGCUCGACCGAGGGCGAGUAUGAUGCGGAAACUAGCAAAGCCGAUGAUAAGCCUUCACAGAAACCAAUCGGAGGCGUAGCAGUACUUCCAACCAAGGCGCUGGGUCUCAACAAGUUGAAGGAAAAAGACAAGAAUACUUCCAAUGGCCUGUCGAACGAAAAUGAACACGAUGACGAAGAAAAAGAAAACAGAGCAACUGAAGGUGUUGUAAUAAAUACUACGAACUUGAUUGAAAAAGAAAAAGAAGCCGCAGAAUCUCCAAAGGGCCAGGAAGAUAAGAAAGGAAGGGAAAGCUCUCUUUCAAAAUUGAAGAGCCCAACAUUCCUUUUUGGACGCAAGGAAAAAGAUAGUAAGAAUGUAGCUGAUUCCAAAAAUGCAAAGGAAAAAGAUGGCAAGGAUGAAGAUGGUACCGGUAAAGAAAAAGAUAAAAAAGAUAAGGAGAAGAAAGAAAAGGAAAAGAAAGAUAAAAAGGACAAAGAAAAAGAGAAAAAGGCCAAAGAAGAAGAAAAAGAAAAGCUCAAGAAAGAGAAAAUUGAACUUGAAUUACUCGCUAAAGAGUCAAAGAGUAAAAAGGACAAAGACAACAAUGAAAAGAAAGACAAAGAAAAGAAGGAUAAAGAUAAGAAGGAUAAAGAUAAGAAAGAGAAAAAAGAAAAGGAGAAAAAAGAAAAAGAGAGCAAGAAAGACAAAAAAAGUAAAAAAGACGAAGGUAAGAAAGAUGGUAAAGACACGAGUUUUGUUAGUGAUAAAGACAGAUCUUUGACAUUAGAAUCCUCCUUUGACACAUCCUCGUCUCCUUCAAGUCCAAGUCAAUUCAAUGAAAGUGCAGAAGGAAAUAUUCCAGAAGGAUCACCUCUUCCAAUUUACACUAAACCUUAUGACUAUCUCGAGGAUGGUUCUGACCAGAAACAUAAAAAAGCACUAGUUGGAGCAUUUUCAUAUGAAAACAAAGAUAAAUUAGAAUCACCGAAGGAUGAGCAUGGCAACUCUUCAGGGCGUAAAGCUGUUGGCAUAGCUUUCAACUACGCCCCAGGAGAGGCUCAGAAAGUUGCUGAAACUGCUGCUGAGAAAAGAAAAACUCUCUUGGAAAAAAGCGGGAAUGAGCCUGAUGUAGUACCUGUUGGAUUGCGAACACCGGGACUUGAUUAUGUGGAAUCAGCAGCUCGGAAAGAGCAAUCCAAGCCUGGUGGUGAUUUGUCACCUACGUCCAAGCGUGCUUUGGAUAUGAAAGGAGGAGGAAUCUUUCAUUCCGGUAAAGACUCAAAGCCCGGAUCAACUUUUGGAUCAAAAACUCCUUCAGAAAAUCUUGUGACAAAAGUGACUGGAAAAGAAACAUCUAAAGAUCCCAAGUCAGGUCAACGAGGCACUGAUCAAUAUGGCAGACCACAAUUUGAUGAAGGAAUUAUCAGUGGUGCUUAUCCUUAUGGUGCAGCCGGGGAAUCUCCGAAACUGUUGCAAGAUAUCAACAGAGAUUUCCUGAGUGCCGAAAGGAGUCAUUUAUCUCCAGCUGGUGGAACUGUAGCUCAAGCUGGAGGGCCGAAAAUUGUGAAAACGACUACAAAAUCCAGCGUGGUUAAAGAUAGGGAAGGCGUCACUCAGAACAUUGAAGAGAAAGUAGAGGACUUGCAGUCUGGAGAAGUUACUGUGUCUACGCAUGUAAAUAAGGCUGAAGGGUUGGAAGACGCAGGGGGAAGAUCUCCGUAUGUUACAGCCACUGCUGUCACCACACGGACCGCCACCACCCAUGAGGAUCUGGGCACCAACGCUAAGACUAGUCAGGUGGAAGAAACAACCGUCGCACAAACAACAACCCACAGUGCUACCCGACAGGAGAAGAGAGUGGUUACACAAGAAGUACGAACGCAAUCAACAAUCGUUAGCGGAGACAAUCAGCUGAGUAGACGUUCCAGCACGUCCUCCUCUAGCUCAAAUGACUCCGGCACUCCCGUGGACUUUGACGGAUACUACGUCAAUGGCAGCUUCCAGAAGGAGCCGAUAGUCCAUACGGAGACGAUUGUGUACACCAGUGGUGGGGAGGGGAAUGGUGGGCUGCGGUCCACGACGGAGGUGCCUGUGGUUGCCACGGAGACUCGCACUGUCGCGCUAGAGAGUGACGAUGGCACGUACUCCGCCACGGGAGAGAUUGUCAGCUCACAGACCAUCAGCAGCAAGACACGCACAGUGGAGACUGUCACAUACAAGACAGAAAAGGAUGGUGUGGUAGAAACGCGGGUGGAACAGAAAAUCACUAUCCAGAGUGACGGAGACCCGAUAGACCACGAUCGGGCUCUGGCAGAAGCCAUCCAGGAGGCAACAGCAAUGAACCCUGACAUGACCGUGGAGAAGAUCGAGAUUCAGCAGCAGCAACAGCAGCCGCAGCACUGAGGUUUAUAGAGUAAACUGAAGCUUUGCCGAGCCUGCCUUAUCGCAAGGACGCCAACUCGCCGGUGUCAACGCUCUCAUGACUGUCGCUGGUUUUUUUAUCUCCUAUCCGAACAAACUUGUGUUAUCGUUAGCUAUAAUUUUUCCUUUAUCGCUUUUGUUCAUGAAAUGUAUAUUUCAUUUAACAUGUGGCAUUAGUAAUUAUAGGGGGUUGGUCACUUGCUUGUGCUAUCCACAUAAAAGGUGUUGUCUAGCAGACCGAGAGGCACAAUAAUAAGAGAUAUAUAUAAUUUAAACUUUUGGAGUUGAAAAGGCAAUAUGCAGGUAUGGUGUGUUAUUUGUGUUGAGAAACACAGAUAAAAUGUAUAUAUAACAGCAAGGGGUGGUGGCAAGCUAGUUUUCUUAUGUAUAGCUCUGGGUUUUCACAGGUAUAAAUUCAUAAUUUUUUUUAUAAAGUGCCUUACACUUGGUUUUUUUCUGAUUUGUGCUUUACGAACAAGCUACGCAUCUUUUUUCAUCUUUUAUUUUGUUCAUGGAUAGUUUUUGAUAGAAAAUUUGUUGAACUUGUGAAAAAGAUUAACGAGAACUUUCGGAAAAGGAUUGGUGAAAUCACUGCCAAACAUUUUUGAACGAAUCUUUUUGGUAUCAUUGGUUUUUGCAUUAAAAGUUUAGUUAGAAUCAUAUGCUCAUGUGUUAAAUAUGAAGUUUAAAUCCUAUUAGUGUUUAUUUUCAGAGUAGAUAUGCCAAAUUUGUAGUUUUCUAUCAUAACUAUCUUAAAUAUUGUAAAUACAAGUUUAGUUUAAAGAUAAAUGCUAAGCUCACAUAUUCAAAUGAGGAUCUAUAUAUGAAACAUAGAGAUUUAGUAUAACUUUUACACAACAGUUACGGUCAGCUGAUAGAGCAUCCCAGUAACGCUGAAGAGCAGUGCUUUUGCACAACCAGUUCGGCUGGUGUUGUAGUCUGGUAGAUUUCUUAUUAAAUUAUAAAUUGUAUAUGCAUUUAGGUUAGGGGAGUGUUUUCAGUUUGUUUUUCAAUAUUCCAAUUUAAAGGUUGGUUAAAAACCGUUACCUUUGUUAUGGUUACCUGUAAUAACAUUCAAGUAUUGGCCUACAGUGUUAUUAUUUUACUGGAAUCGAUUACUUUAUAUGUAGAACCUUUGAGAUAUUAUCAUCAGUAACAUCUAGUGUUGAAAGAUUCUCCUCUUGCUUAGUAAUUCCAUAAUUUAUUAACAUUCCAGGGUCACUAGAUAGAUGAAAAUUUCCAUUUCCAAGUAUGAGUAUUUUUGUAAGGUAGUAUUUUACAUAUCGUAAAAAGCACAUCACAUUAUUUAGUACCUGUUGAGUUGAAGUGUCAUUCCAGUUGAAAAGCGAACUCCAUGUUGGGAAAUUUUGUAUUCCAGAAAACCUCCCCCUAUUUUAAACACGGUCUGCUUGUUAAUAUAUUUGUAUGUAACGUUAAAUUUUAAUAUUUAAUAUAUUUAUAUGUUGAAAUAUUGUUUUGUAAUUUACUUGCUUUUCAUUUAGUCUUUCUAUCUUACAUUUCUUACAUUCCAACCUACCGUUAUUUACUGCAGGUAUAUUUAUAGCUUUUUUACUGUGUUAUUGUUUUAUAGAUUUUAUUAUAAUAUACACUUAAAAGUGAGUGUUCUCCCAUCUAUUUUUUGUAGUUGUUACUAGGUUUUUUGUAUGUAAUUUUUAAAUCACAGAAAUAAAGUGAAUUUUAGAUGUAACGUUUUAAUUUUAUCUUUCUUUUCUACACAGUUUACACUUUCCCUUCUACCACUCUUCGCGAGUAUAAUUUUGCAAUGUAAAAACAAAAUAAAUGUUUGUUAGAAUGA